AUUUGUACCUCUCUCCGCUUCUCACCCCUUUCUCCCCACACACACAUAUUUCGAAUCCGCUUUCACACAGCAAAAAAAACCAGCCCCCCCCAAAAAAGCACACAGCGAAUUAAUUUUUUUUUGCCAAAAAACCCCAAAUCCUGUACCAAACCACAAACCCUUGCAUAUACAUACAUGUAUACAUAUACGCAUCAGCUGUAGAGAGAGAGAAUUUACAUACACACACAGAUAUACACAUAUACAUAUACAUCGGAGAGCGACUGAGAUAUGGAGUACCAAGGACAGCACGAACAAGACGACGAUGUUUACGGCGGUGAGCUGCCUCAGUCUGAGGAUUCCUACAUGGAAUCUGAUUUUGACUUAUCUGCCGAAGCCGCCGCUACCGCCGCCGCCGCCGCCGGAGGCGACGAUUCCAAAGCUAAGGAGCUGGAGGGUAUGAAGAAGAGGCUGCAGGAGAUUGAGGAAGAGGCAGGGGAGCUUCGACAAAUGCAGGCGAAAGUCGAGAAACAGCUAGGCAAUGCUGAAGAAGAUGCAACUGGUGCCUCUGUUACCCAGGCUGAGAAGGAGGAGGUGGAUUCUCGUUCCAUUUAUGUUGGCAACGUCGACUAUGCAUGCACACCUGAGGAGGUGCAGCAGCAUUUUCAGUCUUGUGGGACUGUGAACAGGGUUACUAUUCUGACCGAUAAGUUUGGUCAGCCCAAAGGUUUUGCUUAUGUAGAGUUUGUGGAAGUUGAGGCUGUUCAAAAUGCUCUGCUGCUAAAUGAAACUGAGCUGCAUGGCCGUCAGCUUAAGGUUUCUGCUAAGCGAACUAAUGUACCUGGAAUGAAGCAAUUUCGCGGGAGACGUCCAUCAAGAAGGCCUUUCAUGCCUGGACCACCGAUGUACGUUCCUUAUGGUUAUGGGAGUUUUCCGAGGUUUAGGCGUCCUAUGCGCUAUAUGCCGUACUGAUCGAAGCUUCCCUAGUUGUUGGCAUGCAGUUAGAUGGUGGGGAAAAGGUCGCGAUAUAGCUUUACAUAUAUAAAUCUUUUCGGUCUUUCCCAUAGAACUACAUCUUUUACUUUGAAAAACCAAAAAAAAAGACACCAUAUACUGUGAAUGCAUGCAUGCCAAUAGGCAGAAAAAAUUUAGUGUUUGAUAAUUGGAACUUCUUGUAUUAGCUAAAACAAUGUUGUGCUAUUAGCUUGCAUGAAAUUGCAACUUCAUAUAGAAAAUAGCCAGAGGAUUUUAUUAUAGUCAUUAUCUCAUGUUCCAUUUCUUA